UCAAAAUCAUAUUCUUCAAAAAUGAAUGGAGGAUUUGUCCCCCUAAUCCUCCUCGUGCUAUUUGCAAUCCCAAGCUGUGUCGUAUCGCAGCAGACUCAGUACGAAACCUGCAGGCAGCCAUUCCGAUGUGGAGAUGUAGAGGAUAUACCCUAUCCAUUCUACGGCGCAAACCGGCCUAUGUCGUGCGGCGCUGUGGGAUAUGAGAUAAUCUGCAGAUACAAUGUUCCCUUCAUAAACACCUCAUCACUACUCUACCGCGUCCUUGAAAUCAACGACGAGACGAGCACGCUCAGGGUGGCGAGAGACGACCUAUGGAACAGCCCUUGUGCGCAGACUCAGCAACUCGCUAACACAAGCCUAGAUACCACUUUUUUCAGUUUUGAUCUGCCCUCUAAUGAUCAGAAUAUCACUCUGCUCUAUGGUUGCACUGCUCCUCCGUCCCAACCCCGACAGCCCAAUCAGUUCAACUGCAGUAGCGGCGAGACUUUCUACUUCACAACAACAAUUGAACUGACAGCUGGUACCACAUGCAUCGGCCCUGAAGUUACUGUUCGGGUGACUCAAUCUGCAGCCACGAGGUUGGGAUCAAAUCCGAACCCCAAUUUAUCAUUCAGACUAUUGCAAGCAUAUCUGCAAGGUGGAUUUUCGAUCCAGUGGUCAGUGGAUAACCAGAACUGCCAGAGGUGCUUGAAUUCCGGUGGAGCUUGUGGCUCCGGUGGAACGGGAUCGUUUGUUUGCCACUGUUCUAAUAAUACUUCACUUCCAUCAACUUGCUCAGACGGAACUAAUGUACCGAAAUUUGCAAUUAUUGCGGGAAGUUCAGUCGGCGCACUUGCUAUAAUUUUAUCAAUCAUAAUUUGCUUCUUCAGAAAAAAUCGCAUAUUGCAAUACUUGAGGAAAAUCACUAAAAAUUCGAACGUGGAGCAAUUCCUACUCAACCAUGCAUCUCUGUCACAAAAGAGAUAUAGCUACUACGAGAUCAAGAGAAUGACCAAAUUCUUCAAAGACAAGGUUGGACAAGGAGGAUAUGGCAUUGUCUACAAAGGUGAGCUACAUGACGGUCAACCUGUUGCAGUCAAGGUCUUAACCGAUACUCACGAUGACGACGCGCAGGAAUUCAUCAACGAAGUUGCAAGCAUCAGUAGAACCUCGCAUGUCAACAUUGUGAGGCUCUUAGGAUUUUGCUUCGAGAGAAAGAAAAGGGCUCUAGUCUAUGAAUUCAUGCCCAACAAAUCAUUGGACAAGUUCAUCUACUCAAAUCCAGAAUCUUCGUUGGGGUUGGACAAGCUAUACUUGAUUGCGGUUGGGGUUGCUCGAGGCCUUGAGUACAUGCACACAGGCUGCAACACGAGGAUCCUGCAUUUCGACAUCAAGCCUCAGAAUAUACUCUUGGACGAAGAUUUUUGCCCCAAGAUCGCUGAUUUUGGGCUUGCUAAACUUUUCAAGAAGAAGCAAAGCAUGAUAUCACUGCUUGGGAUGCGAGGGACUAUAGGGUACAUUGCUCCUGAAGUGUUCUCUAGAAAUUUUGGGGUAGUGUCUCACAAGUCGGAUGUGUAUAGCUAUGGAAUGAUGCUCCUUGAAAUGGUGGGAGCGAAAGAGAUGGCUAAAACGACCGAGCCUAUAAUCCAAUCGAGUGAAAACUAUUUUCAUGAGAGUGUUUAUGAGCUUGUUUUGGCGAAGAAGGAGAAGAUUGAUGAUGUGAUUAUGGGAGAUGAGAAAGAAGAAAGUAAAAUGAAAAUGUUAAUGGUAGGGGUUUGGUGCAUUCAGACGGCUCCAUCGGAUAGACCGUCGAUAAGUAAGGUUGUGGAGAUGCUACAAGGGAGUGUGGAGUCUAUAGAGAUGCCGCCGAAGCCAUCUUUCCCUUCUGCUCCGCUGCUUGAAUCACUACAGUUUUCAUCUUCCAUGCAUAUGGAGAUACAAUAGUUUCCAUCUUUAAAUUGUGGACGUCUCAAGAGCAAAUUAAGACAUUAUUUGAGGAAGAUGCAGUAUCUUUUACGGCAUUUGUUUGUGCUACAUAUUUUCAGGGUGAAACUCUUGAAGUUAGAGUACUGAUGUUGUAAGAAUUCACCAAUCAA